UGUUCACGCAUGCGCAAGGCCGUCCUCCGUCACGUGAUCUGGCGUUUCUAUUUCCUGGUAGCGCAUCGCUUUUUGCAGGAGUGGAGGAUGAGCUCUGGUAACAGCACCAGAAGGAAAGUCAACAAGCAGCAGCAGCAGCACCUCCGCAGCAUGGCAGUGCCGUCUGAUCCUGAAACACAAGCAGAGAUACRAGGUCUUUUUAACAAAGUCAAAGCCUAUGUGAGACCCCCCGGCGGGGAGUGGAGYGUCCCCGAGCCACAUGUUGCCCUCAGACACCCAGCAGAGGAGCACCAGCGUCUGCAGGAGCUGAAGGUGUCUCUGAACGCCAUGAAGGACCAGCUCAGCGAUAAGAACAUUCAGGUGUGGCACCAGCACACCAACGCCACCAACCGGGCGGGGAAGGUGAUCGGCGYCGUGCGCGCCGCCGCCAACGCCGAGCUCUGCACUCAGGCCUGGUGCAAGUUCUACGAGAUCCUGGGGACRUUCGAGCUCCUCCCGGAGGAGGCGCUCCGGAGCGGCGAGCUGAACUCGGUCCACCUGUGUGAAGCUCCAGGUGCGUUCAUAACCGCUCUGAACCAGUACGUGAAGACGAACGAGUCCACGCGUUACUGCGACUGGAGCUGGGUCGCCAACACGCUGAACCCGUACCACGAGGCUAACGGGGGGAGCACCACCAUCGCYGACGAUCGGUUAAUCGCCAACACGCUGCCCUGGUGGUUCUUCGGCUCAGACAACACRGGCAACAUCAUGGUCCAGAAGCACCUGCUGGACCUGCAGGCGUUCGUGUCGAACAUGCGCAGGGUGGACCUGGUGACGGCAGACGGAAGCUUCGACUGUCAGGAGAACCCGGACGAGCAGGAGGCGCUGGUGGCGUCGCUUCACUGCUGCGAGGCCGUGGCCGCGCUGCUGCUCCUCAGCUCCGGCGGCUCCUUCGUGCUCAAAAUGUUCACYCUGUACGAGCACUCCUCCGUCUGCCUGCUCUACCUGCUGAACUGCUGCUUCCGCUCCGUCAGCGUCUUCAAACCCGCCACCAGCAAGUCGGGGAACUCCGAGGUUUACGUCGUGUGCUUGAACUACGACGGGAAGGAAGCCGUCAGGCCCCUGCUGUCGAAGCUGAUCCGAAGCUACGGCCCUCGGCUGGCCGACCGGGAGGCUCUGCUCCCCGGCUCGCUCAUCCCCGAGUCGUUUCUGAAGCAGCACGAAGACGUGUGCUCGUACUUCUACGCCCUGCAGGUGGAGACGAUCACGGAGAACCUGCGGCUGUUUGGACGUAUGACGGCAGAGCAGAGGCAGCGGCUCGAGCACAUCAGGGACUGCGUGGCUCACGAAUACCUGCAGCGCUUCCAGGUGAGCUUUCUCCCACGAGGCCGGUGGAUCUCUCGUCACGCGGUGAGUCCGGCCUGCUGCGGCGUGACGUCCGGUCGACCGCUGGGGCAGAAGAAGCAGACGGGCUCCUUCAACGAGCGGAGGGAGCUCCUCACCCUGAGCUGGAGGGAGCGGGUCGAGAGGAGCUGCCACGGCGCCCGGAUCCAGAGACACUGGACCGAGGACGGCGGGACRGGCUGUGUGUUGGAGGGACCCAUGUCCGUCUGCCACACAGACUCGUGGUUUGUGGUCACUGGAACGGCGCUGCCUGCGGUCAGGAACUCUCCGUUCUGUGAAGGAGGGCUGCUGAACCACCUGAACGAAGCCCUGAUGGACUCCACCGAGGACUGGACCUUCCUGUCCUCCUGCAGCUCCUGCCGGCCGCCUUCCUCGGACUCCAUUUUGUCUGAAGCUGCGGGCGUUGGCGCRCUGAAGGGCAGCUCCGCGGGGAGCAGGAAGUGUCUGGUGUUUGGCAGCCGCUCGGCGUGGGCCGCCAGCGAGAACCAGGUCGGGGGUUUGGUUCUGUCGUUCCGCUCCGAGCCCCGGUUCCCYCAGAGAGGCAGUAAGCUGCUGCACGACGGGGAGCCGCUGUACCAGCAGCAGCUUCUCGAGGCUCUCACCUUCGCCCUGCAGUCCCUGAGCUCUGGUGACGUCCUGCUGCUGCCUCUGUUUUCUGCUCUCACCCGGGUCACGGCGGCCGUCGUCCUCUGCCUCCACGCCUGUUUCUGCUCCGUGUCUUACCGCUGUCCGCCCCCCGCCGCCCCGGUCGGGGCGCUGCUCGUCUGCGUCGGCUUCUGCCCCGAAGCCGCCGUGCAACUGCUGCCGGCGCUGAGCGACGUGCGCAGCUGUGUGAGCCGGCUGCUGGCGGGGGAGGAGGGCGCAGGUAAAGCUCCGCUGUGCGGAGGAGAGCGGCAGGUGCUGCAGUUUGUUCCCAUGGAGGAGCUGCUGGGCGGAGGACUGACCGACUUCCUGUGGAGCAUGAACUUUGAAAUCGUUCAGCAGAAGCUGCACCUCCUCCUGCAGUCAUAGUGCAGUUUUACAAGCUGUCACUCACAUUUAUGAUCCAUCACAUCAAACUGAGGAUUAAGUCAAAUUUAGUCAAAAUUAAAAACAGAUUUUUGAUCUUCCUGAUGGGAUGAGCCUUUCCAGAGAUAAAACUUGAUUUGUUUUUCUAAUCAGGAUAACUUAUUGAGGUUUGGUCCUAUUUUAGCUUAUUCUACUUUAGUUUUAAAGAGAAAACCUCAAAUAAUAGUUGGAUAUAAAGAUUUACCAGCUGAAAAGAAAAAAGGCUUUGCUAGCUCACAGGGAAAAUAACAAAAAUGUAAGUUCAUUUAAGUUAAGUGCUUMAAAAAAUUCUUUAUGAUUAUAAUUCAGAUAUUUCAUUUUACAGCCUGUAGAUACAGCAUUUAUUUAUUAUAUUUUGACAAAACUCAGUUGUUGCUAACGUUUUAACAAAGCACCACAGCUGCCCGUUUCUCCACUUUAGGACUUAAUCCUGUUUGAUGUGAGCUUGUCUCAUCAGGUUACACACUGUUUUAGGCUCAGUGWCAUUCGAAAUGGAUGAUUUUUUUACGUGGAUCAAUUCACAUUUCAGCUUAACUUCAACCUAAACCAACGCUAAGGUCAAUAUGUCAGCUUCACCUGAUUCAGUUCAUUACAGGGAUAUUAGUGAGUUUWACAGGUUAAAUGCCAAGAAUGUCCAGUUAAGUGCAAAAUGUUCCUUUUAGGUUUUAUCAUUGGGCUGCUUUUAUUUGCUCAGAAUAACCCCUUUAACGUGUCAAAUGUUUCCAUGUCCGAUGCAGAAGCUACAUUAGCUGAUUUUGUGUCAGACAACAAAAGCUAAAGUUUUCUGUCUCAAUUCUUACUGAUUUUACUGAAAACAUCACACAGGCAAGAUGUUAGCGAGUUCAAACCAGCAUCAUGAAAACGACUUAAUGAUCACAGCUUAUUUUAACUUCUUUCUGAUUUACACAGAGAAUGUGCUCGAGCAAAGCAGUGUGGUUGUAAAUACAUUAAAUUACGAUUUUUAACACUUCUGGGAAACUAAGCUCUGAAGUCAGGUUCAUAUUUGUAAGGGUGGGGUCAGGAAACAUCGAGACGGAGGUUUUCAGUUGAAUUCCAGGAACAGUGUUUGGGUUUUGAAGCUAAAACGUGCAACUAYAAAUAGUUAAUAACUUGUUUAAUAGACUGUAUAAUAAUGUUGAACAUGACUUCUGUCUCUACUUUUAGGUGACACUUUUGAAACGUUUUGGUCACUACUUUAAGUUUUGAACUUUUUUUGGACUCAUUUGAAGGAYCGUGUUCAAAGAUUUUAUUUUAAGGCUUUUGUUAUUAACAAAGGUGUGUUGUCUAAAAAUUAUUUUUAUAUAAGUCUGUUCUAAUGUGGAGGCGUUUCAGAAAUGUUUUGUAUUUCGUUUAGUAUGAUAAUUUAUUUUCUUACAAAAAAUAAUGUGCUGAAAUAAAGUCUUUGUUUUGAAACGGCUGAUKUGUAAAA